AUGACAACUCAAACCAGCACAAUCACACAGACGGGAACCACUCCCCCUUCCUUCUUCGAGACAGCCCCGUUCAUUCCUCCCGAUGCUAUAUUUGCUCUAACUGCAGAGUACAAUGCCGACACCUUCCCCCAGAAAGUGAACCUCGGGCAAGGAACCUACCGCGAUGAGAAUGGACAGCCGUGGGUUCUACCUUCGGUGCGGAAGAGUCGCGAGAUGCUCGUUGGACAGGGUCUGAAUCAUGAGUAUCUGCCGAUCUUGGGUCUUCAAGCUUUUCGCCAGGCGGCAAGUAAGAUGGCAUUAGGCUCUGGACUAUACGAGAGGAUUCAAACUAGGCUCGCAACCUGCCAAGGCCUCUCUGGCACCGGGUCUCUUCAUCUAGCAGGCCUACUUCUUCGAAGCUGUCGUGCCCCCUUGCCGAAGAUCUACAUCCCCAGUCCCACAUGGUCGAACCAUCACCAAGUCUUCUCCUCCCUCGGGUUCACCUGCGAAUCCUUCGGGUACUACGACGACGCCCAGAAGAAUCUAGAUAUCGACAGCUACUACUCUGCCCUGAAACGGGCGGAACCAGGCUCGGUCGUUAUUCUUCACGCGUGCGCGCAUAAUCCGACCGGCUGUGAUCCUAGCAAAGAGCAAUGGAAGGAAGUCGGUCGUAUCAUCAAGGAAAAGGGACUUUUCCCUCUCUUUGAUGCUGCUUACCUCGGUUUCAAUUCAGGCAAUAUCGAUGAUGACGCUUUUGCGAUUCGGUAUUUUGUUGAUGAAUUGGACCUGGAGGCGGGUGUAUGUCUGUCGUUCGCGAAGAAUAUGGGGCUAUAUGGAGAGCGCACGGGUUGUCUAUUCUUCGUAGCUCAGACAGACAAAGCUGCUACCAAUACACAGUCGGUGCUGGAGAUGCUGCAGCGGUCUGAAGUCUCGAAUCCACCUGCUUAUGGCGCCAAAAUUGCUGCAACCAUCUUGUCGGAUCGGGAGCUCAAAGCGCUCUGGUACAAGGAUCUCGAGACCAUGAGUGGCCGGAUCCGGGCAAUGCGGAGGGCUCUGUAUGACUCCUUGAAUAACAAUGGUGCACCUGGUAACUGGGAUCACUUGAUCCGCCAGUCGGGCAUGUUUGGGUUCUUGGGUCUUGCACCGGAUGUCGUUCAGGAGCUCAAGGUGCAAUAUCAUAUCUACAUGGCAAGCAACUCGCGAGUCUCUAUUGCUGGACUCAACGAUAAGAAUGUGGAGUACGUGGGUCGCUCGAUUGCCCAGUGUCUGAAGAGCAAAUAG